CAGUUCCCAGCCAGGAGCCACAUCUCAGAGUAGGAUAGGACAGAAAUAAAUGCUCUUGGUCUAGAGAGGGAAACAGAGGAAUAAAAACCCCACAGACUGAGGUUUCUACAAGCCCCAGCAGCCUAACUCAUGUCUGCCUCUUGCAGAAUUCCCCCGAGUGCCAGCAGGGUCUCAGCAAGAGCCAACACACUUCAGGAGCUAGGAGCAGCAAGAUGGCAGAUGAGACCUUAGCUGGGCUGGAUGAAGCGGCCCUCCGGAAACUGCUGGAGGUCACAGCAGAUCUGGCCGAGCGUCGACGGAUCCGCUCAGCCAUCCGGGAGCUACAGCGGCAGGAGCUGGAACGAGAGGAGGAGGCUCUGGCGUCCAAACGGUUCCGUGCCGAGCAGCAAGCCAACAAGGAGAACUGGCUACACUCUCAACAGCGGGAAGCUGAGCAGCAGGCUGCCCUGGUACGCUUGGCGGGGCGCCUGGAGUCCAUGAAUGACGUAGAAGAGUUGACCACACUGCUGCGGAGCGCCGGUGAAUACGAGGAACGCAAGCUGAUCCGGGCCGCCAUCCGCCGGGUACGCGCUCAGGAGAUUGAGGCUGCCACCUUGGCUGGGAGACUGUGCAGUAGACUUCCCAGGAGUGGCUCCCAAGAGGACAGCAGGAGGCCACCAGCGCACAGAUUGGACCCUGGUAAGGGGUCAGAGCAAGAGCAACAGGAACAGCAGCAGACAGAAGUGCGACAGCCAACCCCAAGCCCUGAGGAUGCCAGCCAGGAUGUGACCACAGUGACAGUCCUGCUGAGGGCCCCGCCUGGAGGCACACCCAGCUCACCUGCCUCACCUGACAGCUCGCCCACCACUGCUUCUCCUGAACCUCUACUAGAGCCUUCUGGAGCUCAGAGUCCUGCUUCCGAGGUUCCAGACAGCUCUGAGCCACUUCCUCCUGCUUCAGGAGCCCCCGGCCCUGAGCCCCCCAUGUCACCAGCAUCCCCCAGCCCUCAGGGCCAGGUCAUCAGCAAGGCCCUGCCUGGCCCUACAGAGCCCCCCAGUACCUUGGGCCCUGCCAGAGGCUCCUCCGACACUGAGAGAACAGACCUGGCUGACCGACAACCCUGCCAACGCUCCCUCUCUGUGCUCAGUCCCCAACAGCCAACCCCAAAUCGAGAGCCAACCCCGCUCAGAGGACCGGCCCAAUUCCAUCAGGCUAGCUCUGUGAGAGACCGAGCCCGCAAGUUCACAUCUGAUUCUCCUGCGGUUGCCAGGCUCCAGGAUGGCCCAUCCCAAACAGCCCUCACUUCACUGACCCCCACAAGGCUCCCAGGCUCUUCCCUCAUCAGCACCACCCCUGCCUCCUCCUCCUCCAGCAACUCCUCCUCUCGAGGUCCCAGGGACACUUCCUCCCACAAGAAGCAAGGAGAACUUACUCAUUCUCUGGCCCAGCUUCAGAGCUGCCCUCAAGAGGAGGGCCCUGUGGGGCGGGGCUUGGCUCCCAAGUCCCUUGAAAACAGAGCAGGGGCACCCAGGCCCUGCUCAGAAGAGCCCAGUACCCCACUGCCUGUGGCCAUUGGCACUGGCGAGCCAGGGGCCAGUAUGAAGACUACAUUUACCAUUGAGAUCAAGGAUGGCCGUGGUCAGACCUCCACAGGCCGGCGGGUGCUGCUGCCCACGGGCAACCAGAGAGCAGAACUGACACUGGGAUUGCGGGCUCCCCCGACCCUUCUCAGCACCAGCACUGGAGGCAAGAGCACCAUUACUCACAUCAACAGCCCUGGGACUGUGACCCGGCUAGGCAGUGUCACGCACGUCACCACCUUCAGCCAUGCCUCCCCUGGUAACCGAGGAGGCUGCAACUUUAAGAUGGACCCAGAUCUAGCAGAGCCCACAUCUGUGACUGUGGAAGCAGCUAAUGGCGCAGAGCAGACUCGAGUGGACAAAGCCCCGGAGGGGCGGAGCCCCCUGAAGGCAGAGGAGCUAAUGGCCAUCGAGGAUGAAGGGGUCCUGGACAAGAUGCUGGACCAGACAACGAACUUUGAGGAACGGAAGCUCAUCCGGGCCGCUCUCCGAGAACUCCGACAAAGAAAGAGAGACCAGAGGGACAAAGAGCGAGAACAGCGGCUACGGGAGGCACGGGCCCGGCCAGGAGAGAACAGAAGCAAUAUGGCUACUACAGAGACGACCACGAGGCACAGUCAGCGGGCAGCUGAUGGGUCAGCUGUCAGCACCGUCACCAAAACUGAGCGACUCAUCCACUCUAAUGACGGCACGCAGACAGCCCGCACCACCACGGUGGAGUCAAGUUUUGUGAGGCGAUCGGAGAAUGGCAGCAGCAGCAGCAGCAGCACUACAGUUCAAACCAAGACUUUCUCCUCCUCUUCUUCAUCCAAAAAAAUGGGCAGCAUCUUUGACCGAGAGGACCAAGCCAGCUCACGUCCAGGCAGCCUGGCAGCCCUCGAGAAACGCCAGGCAGAGAAGAAGCGAGAGCUAAUGAAGGCACAGAGCCUGCCCAAGACGUCAGCGUCCCAAGCGCGCAAGGCCAUGAUUGAGAAGCUGGAGAAGGAAGGCCCUGCGGGCAGUCCUGGCACACCCCGUACAGCCGUGCAGCGUUCUACCAGCUUCGGAGUCCCCAACGCCAAUAGCAUCAAGCAGAUGUUGCUGGACUGGUGCCGAGCCAAGACCCGCGGCUACGAGCACGUGGACAUCCAGAACUUUUCCUCCAGCUGGAGUGAUGGCAUGGCCUUCUGUGCCCUGGUGCACAACUUCUUCCCUGAGGCUUUCGACUAUGGGCAGCUUAGCCCACAAAACCGGCGCCAGAACUUUGAAAUGGCCUUCUCCUCUGCCGAGACCCAUGCGGACUGCCCGCAGCUCCUGGAUACAGAGGACAUGGUGCGGCUUCGAGAGCCUGACUGGAAGAUGCUGGUGGAUUGUGUGCCUUUGGUGGAGGUGGAGGACAUGAUGAUCAUGGGUAAAAAGCCCGACCCCAAGUGCGUCUUCACCUAUGUGCAAUCGCUCUACAACCACCUGAGGCGCCAUGAGCUGCGCCUGCGCGGCAAGAAUGUCUAGCCACUCUGCUCUCACCGCCCGCCGCUGCAGGCUGCUGUCCCCACGGCCCCCAGCACCGACCCCUCCCAGUGCGCCUGCGCACCCCUCCC